CAUAAUCCUCAGCGUUGACUACUGAGAUGCUUUAUAGCAAAGCGACUGAUCCAUAACUACUAUAGCGGCGUCGCGGCUGCAAAACUUCUUUAGACCAUGGAAAGAAGCCAUUGCCGCUUUAAUAUGGCUCUGCCCGCGCUAUUACUACUGCUAUGCAUAGAAAGGACAGCUCUUGGAGCUGGGCUCGGCGUCAUAAUAGCAGAUGCCCCUAGUGCGUUUGCAAUGCCAAGCUACCUGGAGCCCAAGUACAUAGUAACCCUGGCGGGAAGAGGUGGCGCAGCAAGCUCCUCAGCCGGAUUAGCAACCCUAGCGCAGACCUCAUUGCAAUCGUCACCUUCCUCAGCACCGUCACAUGCAAUCCCCGCCUCAUCUGGCGGGUCGGCAGCCGGGGCUAGACGUGUCCGGGUGACCGCUGCUGACGGCACCCGCUACGAGUGCACCCUGCCGGAGCCGGAGGCGCCAGCAGCGGCGGCAGCGCCGUCAGCAGCAGCGGAGGAAGCGGCGGAUGCCUCGGCAGUGGUGGCCGCUGUGGAGGCUGCGGCAGCGCAGGCGGCUGGCGGCGUGGUGGGGCGUUUCCUAGCAGCUGCUGCUGCCUCGGCCUCAGCGGCUGGCGCCAGCGGAGCUGCUGCUGCCGGUGACCAGCAGAGCCCUUUCGAGCUGCUGGAGGCCAUGACCGCGCUUUGCCUGUACCGGCAGGAGGGGCUGUGGACGUACGAGGUGUGCUACAAGAAGCAAGCCAGGCAGUUCCGGCAGGACGGCGCAGGUCGUGGGGAGGACUUCAGCUGCGGCACAUACCCUGGGGAUGAGCAGCAGGAGGAGACGGUGCAGUCGGAUUCCAGCUCCACCCCCGUUCCCAUCCGCUACGUACGACACGUGCUCAAGGGCGGAGCGCGCUGCGAGCUGACGGGCGGCCCGAGGUCCGCAGAGGUCCGCUUCACCUGCCUGCCGGGCACCUCCGACAACGCGAUUGUAUCGGUCAAGGAGUUCCCCACCUGCAACUACGUGUUUGUGGUGUCCACGCCCUUCCUGUGCAAGCACCCGGAGUUCAAACCCGAGCCCGAGAAGCACCUGACUAUCGGGUGUGUGCCAGUGGAGGAGGGCGAGGACGAGCAGGGGAGCGCUGGAGAGGCAGCACGUGAGGAGGUGAAGCUCGGGGAAGUGCCAGAAAGAGGUAGUGAAGGGGAGGGAGGCGAAGUUGAGGCGAGUCGAGAGGAAGACGUUCAGGAGUGAGAAGGUGUAGGCGGUGCUCGCGAAGUGAGAUUGGUUAGCAAUUGGAAAGUGGUUGGUAUGGUUGGUUCGUGCCAACGUGGCACCAACACGUACGGAGGAGGCGCACAAAUGGUUCGAAGUGCAACAGGAG